UGAAAGUCACUGUGUAAGCUAGUCUAGUAAACUAGAUAUAUAGACAUUAAAAAAGCUGUCUGGUUGGAAAUGUGCUCAUAAAUGCUGUCUAUGUAGGCAGCACACUAGGAUUUGAGACACGACUACUGAAACUAUGUUGUUCAUUAACACGCUCAGGUGAGAGCAGAGUGAUCAGUGUGAAAGCGUGCCUGUGUAGGACAAAAAACUAGCUUGGAUAAAUUUUCCAUUUUCCAUUCUUGGAAUAUAAAUGAUGAAGUCGGCUGGAUUUAACUCAGAAAAUAACUGGACAACUACAAACACGUUGCAAUGAAAAUCAAUUCGAAGUAAACAUUUUGCUGACCUCAAAGGCCGAGAGACUUUAUUUUUUGUCUUCUUAACAUUUGAAUAUGGAUUACUGUAUCUGGUUAUAUGCAUGUCUAUCAUGGACACUCCUAAAGCAAAGUCACUUCAUGAAAGAGUCUUGCUUUAAUGGAACACUUCUGAUGAAUGUUAUAUUGUUGGAUGACGAUGUGUCACCCUGGAGUAUCAAUUUUGUAAAGCCAGCGGUGCUGAGCGCUGUUGGAAAUGAUUCUGAGAUCUCUGAAGACGAGGGGGAUCCCCAAUUAGAGGUCAAAUUCAGAGGGUUUAAAACCCUUUACUACUUUAAAAAAGGCUGCACCAGUAGUGCCUGUGAGGGGGUGGAAAUUUUAAAUGAUCUCACGAAUGCUGGUGAAGAGGGAUGCGCUCUGCUGGGACCAACCUGCACUUACGCCACUUUCCAAAUGGCUGAUCUGGAUAUUGGUCUGAACCUCAACAUGCCCAUCAUCUCAGCCGGAAGCUUUGGACUGUCAUGUGACUUCAAGAGAGAUCUGACUCGACUUCUGCCUCCAGCAAGAAAAAUCUCCAGCUUCUUCUUUCACUUUUGGAAUGUGGGAGAUGAUAUCAAGCCUAAAUGGAAAACAGCGUAUUUAUACAAGAAACCAAAUAACACAGAGGACUGUUUUUGGUACAUAAAUGCACUUGAGGUGGCUCCAGGCGACUUUUCCCCUAGUUUAGAGAAAAUCGUGAUUCUGCGAAAAGAAGAUGAUCUCAGUAAGGCCCUUGGAAACCAUGGACGGGAGAGUAACUUGGUCAUUUUAUGCGGAACACCUGAGGACAUCAUGGAUCUGAAGAACGGCACUAUGGAAUCUAACAAUGAAAUCGCUUUUCUUCUGAUUGACCUUUACAGCGACAGAUAUUAUAAUGAGACAUCUAAUGAGGCUAUGAAAAAUGUCCUGGUGCUAACAAUGCCCAACACAAGACAAUACACCAUUGACACAUCUGGUAACAACACGAUGAAUGAUUAUAUUGCAGCGUAUCAUGAUGCGGUGCUGCUGUUCAAACAGGUGAUGAGGACCAUCUGGAAGAUGCCGUCCUCAGAAAUUCAAGACAUGGAAUCUGUCAGCAUGAACUACUUCAGAAAUGUGUCUUUCAAAGGUAUAGCUGGAGAUUAUCAGCUGGAUGAAUAUGGUGAUAGGGAUCUCAUAUUUUCUGUGAUCUACACUAACCAAAACAACGAGUACGAGAUUCUUUAUGAGUUCGACACAUCCACCAACAACACAGAGCUAAAGAACAGCAAUCCUUCCUUCGUUUGGCCUCAUCUCCGUCUGCCUAAAGACCGGCCAGAUCCCACAGAUUUCCAAGCCAACAUCGUCAUCAUAGUAUUGUGUACUGCUGUUGUGGGGAUCAUGGGUACACUUGCCUUCAUCUUUUACUGGCAAAAUAGACAUUACCGUCACAUGCAAAAAAGAUGGUCUCAUAUUUCGUCCGAGCUCAUUAUGCCUUUAGAGUCGAGUGAGUGGAAUAUGAUCAGUCUGAAGAUUGAGGAAGACUCCACACAGAAUAGUAGCUACAUCCUACGCCGUGCACGUUAUGACAAAAAGAUUGUUAUCCUUAAGGAAUUACGGCUUACAGAUGGAAGCUUCACUGAAAGACAGAGGAUAGAGCUCAACACGCUAUUGAAAAUAGAUUAUUACAAUCUGACCAAAUUUUAUGGGACAGUCAAAUUUGACAAUGAGUAUUUUGGCGUAUUUGAAUAUGGAGAGAGAGGAUCCCUUAGACAUGCUCUCAAUGAUAAGAUUUCAUACCCAGAAGAGACCUUCAUGGACUGGCAGUUUAAGAUCUCUGUAAUGUAUGAUAUUGCAAAGGGCAUGUCUUAUCUCCAUGCUAGCAACAUUGCAGUCCAUGGGCGUCUUAAAUCGACUAACUGCGUGGUUGACAACCGUAUGGUAGUGAAGAUUGCAGACUUUGGCUUCAAUACUAUUCUCCCUCCCAGUAAAGAUCUGUGGACGGCACCUGAACACUUGAGGAAGCAGGGGAUCUCUCAGAAAGGAGACGUGUACAGUUUUGCUAUCAUUUCACAGGAAAUCAUGAUGAGAAAGUGCACAUUCUAUACAAGCACCUGCUCUGAUCGAACUGAGAAACUGGCCAGAGUGCAGUUCCCUAGUAUGACAUCCUCUUUCUUCAGACCUGAUCUAAACUUCGAGAACACUAGUGAGAGAGAACAAGAGGUGUGCAUGCUGAUCAAAAAUUGUUGGGACGAAGACCCAGACAGAAGACCAGAUUUCAAAAAGAUAGAAAACACUCUAUGGAAGAUUGUCAGUCUGGACAACCAGGAACAUGAGAGCUACAUGGAGAACCUGAUCCGCCGGCUGCAGAUGUAUUCCCGUAACCUGGAGCGGCUGGUUGAGGAACGCACAGCUCUGUACAAGGCUGAGAGAGACCGAGCGGACUGCCUGAACUUCAUGCUUCUGCCAGGGCCUGUUGUGCGCUCUCUAAAGGAAACGGGAAAAGUGGAACCUGAGCUCUUUGACGAGGUUACCAUUUACUUCAGUGAUAUUGUGGGUUUCACCACACUAUGCCACUUCAGCACACCCAUGGAAGUGGUGGACAUGCUCAAUGACAUCUACAAAAACUUCGACAGCAUCCUUGACAAUCACGACGUCUAUAAGGUGGAGACGAUUGGCGACGCAUACAUGGUGGUGUCUGGUCUUCCUCGACGCAAUGGGAACAGGCAUGCAAAGGAUAUCUGCUGCAUGGCGCUGGACAUCCUGUCCUUCUUGGGCACAUUUCAGUUACAGCAUCUGCCUGGGAUACCCAUGUGGAUCCGCAUCGGUGUGCAUUCAGGGCCCUGUGCUGCUGGUGUAGUUGGAAUUAAAAUGCCCAGAUAUUGCCUGUUUGGAGACACUGUGAACACAGCAUCUCGUAUGGAGUCCACAGGUCUACCACUACGAAUCCAUGCGAGUCAGUCCACUAUCAACAUUCUCCAGCGCACAGACUGCAAGUUUGAGUAUGAAAAGAGAGGAGAAACUUACUUAAAGGGUAAAGGGAAAGAAACAACAUACUGGUUGACGGGAGUUACAGGGCAAAAUUACAAUCUGCCAACACCUCCAACAGCGGAAAACUUUCAGAAUCUGCAGCAGGACUUGUCUCAAAUGAUAAAGACGUGUCUGGAUAAGCGGCCCUCCAGCUUGUGGAAGCGAAAGACCCUUUCAGCACGUCACAGGAAGCUCUGUGUGGAAGCGGAGAUGGAUUGCACAGAGCAGCCGGAGUAUCUCCACCUGGCCACCGGUGACAGUUUUAGCACAUACCUGUAAAUUCAACACUACCACAUGUACAUCUAGACCGAAACCAAAACUGUAACUGGAUUUCACUGUAAAUUUAUAAAAUGUAAAUACUGUAUAUUUGGAUUUAUUAUUAGAGUUAUCUAACAUUAUUAGUUCAAGUGUUGUAGAAAUUAGAUUCAAUAUUCUUCUUUCCAAAAAACUUGUCUUUCUUAAACUGAUCUGACAGCAAUAAGCUAAACUUCAAAUGCAAUUGCAUUAAUACGUUUAACCGUGUGGCGAUAUUAAACUGUGCAUGGAGCAUGUGAGUGUAACAGUAUGUUUCAUACAUGAGAUAUUUCAUUUUCAUGUAAAUAUUAUAAUAAACUGGAUUAACGCUUCAGACA